AUGGAUCAUUCGACUGCGCACCGUGAGAGGGUGGGUAGAGUGAAAGUCUGUGUGGAGGUGAAUGCGAAGAAGCCAAGGGUGGACAAGAUCAGUGUUACUUCUGAUGAUAUGACUAAGUUUUUUAUUGGAGUGGAAUAUUGUGGACUCCCUCGUUGCUGUGAAAAAUGUCAGGUGUUUGAUCAUGACUGUGCUAUUCCGGUUUCUGGUCUGACUAAGAAUGUAUGGAGGGUGAAGAAGCCUCAAAUCUCUGCAAUAAACGAGGAAGAGAUGGUAAAUAUUAUGAAUGAGGUUUCUGGAUGUUUAGAAGCAUUGGUAGUUGAGAAAGAGACUGGUAUGGAUAAGGGUAAAGCUAUCUGGAUUGCAACUCCUUCUCCUGUGACACCAAGUGCUCUUCCCUCUUAG